GUGUGUAGAUCGAGGGAAGAAAGUGGAACAGAAAGCUUAGUUGCAGAGCUGGCUGGUAGUGUUAGUUUCCGACAGGGCACUGAAGCUUGUAUUUAGAGCUAGUCUGAAUUUGUAUAACUUGCUAAUAAGUUUGAAGUACAAGUUAGCGUUAACAAUGGCACCCAAAGGAUUUUGGCGACGACCCCUUACUCAGAUGUACAACCGAAAUUAUCAGUACGGGACAGGAUUAUACUCCGGUGCCCUGGAGGACUUAGAGAAACGCUACUCCGAGUCUUUGUCUAGGACUCGCUUUCCAGCUGACCGACUGGACACUGGACUGAACGUCCCACCCGAAACGUCAGCCAGAAGUCGUUCUCCGCGUGCAGAGUUUAAUGUGAGUACUGGCAGCAGUCCCCACUCCUUCCAUGACACGACCUCUGCACUUGAUUCUUAUGACAUAAGAAAAUCUCGAUCAUUUGGUGACUUCGAUUCUUUUCGUACUAAGGCUUUAGCUGAGGUAACCCCAUCUUCUCUCGUUUACUCCCCCCAUCGUUCCUCUUACUAUGGGGGAUAUAACAUUGAAGAAGAAGCUGAGACUCGCAGGAGAGGACAAAGGAAACAUCAGGAGUUUGCUGACCUAGAAAAUACACUCAGCACCCCCAACGCUCGCGAGCCAAUAUCUAACCCAACAAUGAUUUCUGCCCAAUGGAUGGACAGGUGGUAG